AUGGAGAAUCCCGUCCCCCCCGAAAUCGAAAGCACCCUCUCCCGCCUCUCUGCCUACCGCUCUGUGCGGGGCGUCAUGAUCCUAUCCCGCGACCCCUCGGGAAUCGUUCAAUCCUCCGGCACCGUAUUCGAAGGCGACAGUGGACGGCGGUAUGCCGGGGCAGUUGAGAGCGUGGUCGCGGCCACAGCGGCGGCGGUGGGCAAUGUCGAGGAGGGCGACGAACUCCGGCUCAUGCGGAUCCGGACGAAGCGGCACGAACUUAUUAUUACGCCUGGUAAGGAAGCGAAGGGGAGGAGCUGA